GCCGUCUCCUCCUCCUCCCACACCCCUCCCCUCCUUCCUCUCGCCUUCCUCCGCGCCGCCGAGACGCCGAGGACUCACGUGCUCCUUUUAAGGCGCUCACCGCCCGCGCCCCACCUCGCGAACCCUAGCGCGCGACCGCAGUCCCGCCUCCACUUCCCGCGAUGUUGCCCGAGAUCCGCGAAGAGGGCGGCGGCGCGGGCACGAGCGCGACCAAGGCGAUGUCGGUGUCGCUGAGCGGGAAGCGGGGCCGGUACGUGCGGCAGGUGACGGGCCGCCACAACGACACCGACCUGCACGUGGCGGCGCGGGCCGGGGACGCCGCGGCGCUGCGCCGCGCGCUGGACGAGGCGGCGGUGGUCGUGGCGGUUGGGGAGGGAGGGGAGCAGCUGGAGGCGGUGCGCCGCGCCAUGGCCGCGGAGGCCAACGAGGCCGGGGAGACGCCGCUCCUGGCCGCCGCGGAGAGGGGGCACCUGGAGGUGGUGGUCGAGCUGCUCCGGCACCUCGACGCCCAGGGCGUCGCCGCGAAGAACAGGUCGGGGUACGACGCGCUGCACGUCGCGGCCAGAGAAGGGCAUCAUGCUGUUCUGCAGGAAAUGUUACGUCACGAUAGGAUGUUUGCCAAAACAUUUGGCCCUGCAAAUACUACCCCGCUUAUAUCAGCAGCUACAAGGGGACAUGCUGAAGUUGUCAAAUUGUUACUUGAACAAGAUGAUUUUGGAUUGGGAGAAAUGGCCAAAGAUAAUGGCAAAAAUGCUUUACAUUUUGCUGCUCGACAGGGACAUAUGGAAAUUGUUAAAGCAUUACUUGAGAAAGAUCCACAGCUAGCAAGACGAAAUGACAAGAAAGGUCAAACGGCACUGCAUAUGGCUGUGAAAGGAACUAACUGUGAUGUUCUUAGAGCACUUGUCGAUGCUGAUCCAGCAAUUGUAAUGCUGCCAGACAAAAAUGGAAACACUGCCCUGCAUGUAGCAACAAGGAAAAAGCGGGCAGAGAUAGUUAUUGUUCUUUUGCGGCUACCAGAUACCCAUGUCAAUGCACUGAACAGAGAUCACAAGACUGCUUUUGAUAUAGCUGAAGGGUUGCCACAUUGUGAGGAGUCGUCUGAAAUUAAGGAUAUUUUAUCUCAACAUGGCGCUCUCAGAUCUAGAGAGCUAAAUCAGCCUCGGGAUGAGCUCCGGAAGACAGUGACAGAGAUCAAGAAAGAUGUCCACACACAGCUCGAACAGACAAGAAAAACUAACAAAAAUGUGCAUGGCAUUGCUAAGGAACUCAGAAAGUUGCACAGAGAAGGCAUCAAUAAUGCAACGAACUCUGUAACUGUUGUUGCUGUGCUUUUUGCUACUGUUGCUUUCGCAGCUAUAUUCACUGUACCUGGUGGAAAUGAAAACAAUGGAGUUGCGAUUGUUGUCCAGACUGCUUCCUUUAGGAUAUUCUUCAUCUUUAAUGCCAUAGCUCUGUUCACAUCAUUGGCGGUGGUCGUGGUUCAAAUAACAGUUGUCAGGGGAGAAACCAAGUCUGAGCGAAAGGUUGUUGAGGUGAUCAACAAGCUUAUGUGGCUGGCAUCAGUUUGCACAACCAUUUCUUUCAUUGCCUCAUGCUAUAUUGUGCUAGGCCGCCAUUUCCAAUGGGCAGCAAUACUGGUUAGUUUGAUAGGUGGUGUUACAAUGACUGGUGUUCUUGGAACAAUGACGUACUUUGUGGUGAAAUCAAAGCGCAUGAGGAAGAUUAGAAAAAAAGAGAAGAUGUCAAGAAGAAGCGGCUCAAGCUCCUGGGUUGAUAAUACGGAAAUCUCAGAGACUGAGCUUAAUCAAGUGUAUGCCUUGUAAAGAGGCAGGGUCUUUGAACUCAGCCUCGCCUCUGCAAUUGAGAAUGUACAUGCUUAAUCAAGUGUAUGCCUUGUAAGACACAGGGUGUUUGAACUCAGCCUCAUAUCUGGAAUCGAGAAUGUACAUGAAAAUUCCAGAUGCGUGCAUUAACAAAUAGAUUACUCACAUUAUUCCUUCAUUGUACAAUUCCUUUCUGCAAUGACAAACGAUGCAUACCUAAAAGGGAGGCCCAUUGUGUAAGGCUCAUGCAGUUGAAGAAUCCACUGUGCACAAUCUGUUGUACAA